GAAGUUCAUCAGUAUCGCACGCAUCCGGAGGUGAAGAAGAAGUCCGUCGGUUACUGGACAGGAUUGAAAAAAAUGCGCUGGUUGAUGCCGAUAGUGAUUUAGAGGUCGAAACGGAAGUACCUCCUUUGGAAAGUUUUGUUGGUUGGGAGGUUGUACGGCGGCUGAAACCAAAAGAGAAGAAGCGCCAAGAAGUUAUCAAUGGUUCGUAUUUCCUUCUGAAUAAAGAGUUUUAG